UCCCUACUUUGCCCUUCAUUUUCAUGGAAUUCCACUUUUACCCUUCUUCCUCCCUCAAAAAUCAACCUCGCUUGUAACUGCCCCCAUGCGAAAUCUCUCUCUCUCUCUCUCUCUCUCUCUGACUUACAAUAAAUAACAAAGGAUUGCCGGAGCAGGUUUCAAUCCACAUCAAUGGCGAAUCGAGAGCCGGUCAGAGAGGAAACCCCCAACAACACAAGCCAUCACCUAACGAUGCCUCCCGGGUUGACCCAGGACGAGUUCUCCGAGCUGGCUCAGUCCAUCGCCGAGUUCCACACCUACAGGCUCGGCCUUGGGCGCUGCUCCUCCCUCCUGGCGCAGCGGAUCCAGUCGCCGCCGGAGAUCGUGUGGUCGGUGGUCAGGCGAUUCGACAAGCCGCAGACGUACAAGCACUUUAUCAAGAGCUGCGUGGUGGAGGAAGGCUUCCAGAUGCGCGUGGGAUGCACGCGCGACGUGACCGUGAUAAGCGGCCUGCCGGCGAACACGUCGACGGAGCGGCUCGACAUCCUGGACGAGGAGAGGAGGGUGACGGGCUUCAGCAUAAUCGGCGGCGAGCACAGGCUCCGCAACUACAACUCUGUCACGACGGUGCAUAGCUUCUGCCGCGAGGGCGGCGGCAUCGUCUGGACCGUGGUCCUCGAGUCGUACGUGGUGGACGUGCCGGAGGGAAACACGGAGGAAGACACGAGGCUCUUCGCCGACACAGUCGUCAAGCUCAAUCUCCAGAAACUCGCCUCCAUCACCGAAGCCAUGGCUCGUGAUUCCACCGAUCCUCCGGUGAUGUGAAAAAAAAAACCCUAGAUUUGUUAAUUGUUCUGUUUCACGGUCAUAAUUCCCACUCUUGUCUGUUUUUUAAUUAACCUCGAUUUUUCCCCUUCAUAUUUUAUGUUUUUGGUGAUUUUUUUUCUUCCUUAUUCCGAAAUGACGCAAAUGUCCUUACGUGUUGGCUUCGUGAUCACAUAGAAAAGGGUAUUUUGGACAUUUC